AUGCCAAAAGCAUUGCGAUAUAAAACGGGUAAAGAAAUGCUUCCACGAAUCUUUUUUCAGAAAAUUUCCACUACUGAACUACACAUUCACGAAAACCUUCAUCGUCCACACCCGUGCACCAGCUCCAUAUUACAGUUUCCACUCCUACUAUAUUUUUCACCAACCAUGUCUCUCUUGAAAAAGGUGUCCCAGGCACAGAUAAGGCAGGUCAAACAGCUAUCCGCCCAAAUUUUCGGCGAGAGCUACAACCCAGACAACAUCAGAAAUGGUGCCAAGGUUUUGGCCGCUCCUUUGAAAGGCCCUGCCAUCGCUUCGUACUAUGGUGACAACAACUCCACACCUACAUUCAAGGAUUUCAAGCAGUGGUUUCCCGAGUUGAAAUUGGUUGAUCCAAAGGAAGAAUAUCGUGUGAUGAUGGUGGCUCUGAGAAAGAAGAGAAACAAGGGUGCUCCAAAGAAGAAGACCAGUUAG